AUGACGAAUGGAUUUUAUCGCAAAGAUUCAAACACACACGUUAGGAAAAGUUUGGUGCAAAUGGAGAUGAAGAAGCAUCACAAGCGCAAUAAAAAUGACGGCAGCAAUAAUCAAAUACACGGGCUCUCUAAAUCGAUGAAUGUUAACACAAUGGGAUACACUUGCGGACCGGGUGUUUCGGACUGGAUUAUAUGGGAAGCUCACAUGAGGACGGAGGAAGACAUUAUGAUUGAGAUCAGUAAUUCCAAAAAAUUUAAAUUUGUAAAAUUUAUGGUGAUUAUUGGGGAAGGACAUUAA